AUGACAAAUCUAGUCAAAGAAGCCACCAAAAUAAUUUCCGAGUCUCAAGAAGCAUCGAAUCAGGUGCGAAAAAUCCUGGCCCAAAUGGAAGAAGAAGAUACCGAAGCAGCUGAAACGAUAGAAGCCUUCCAAACAAUAGCGAUCAUCUCGCACAGCAUCUCAAUUAAGAUAAAUCGCCGACUCGCUUCAACAAACAAAAUCGAAAUCGAAGAAGGCCAAAGCAUGCUGCAGAAUAAGGUGCGGCCGGUGGUAGAAAACCUGAUGAAGCAAGUCCACAAGUCUCAAGUCUUCUGCUCGAAGGAGCUAGUAUUCUGGGCAAAAAUGAUGGAGCCCACGGAACAAGAUUCAGUCGACAAAGAAGAAUUCAUCAAACUGGAAGAAGCUGUCAUUUGGAUUCUGGAAAAACUCUGGGGCAAUUCAGCCACAGCAAUCCUCAGAAUGGCUCUUGCGAAAUGCGAGAAAAUCCCAGAAAUAGCCUCUAAAACAUCCCCAAGAUUCGUCAUGUUCGCCCACAUCUGGAACAUAAGAUUCAAGCAGAUACUUAGAAGACAGGAAAAUGAAAGAGAAGCAUCCUUUGCUAACGAGCAGCAAUUAGCAGCAGCUAUCACGAAGGCACUCUUUGGAGACAUACUUUUCCAAAUCACCAACACCCGCUGCAUCUUCCCAAGGCUGCUAGCAAGCGCGGCGAGAUCAGCGUGGACGCAUCUCAACAUCAUGUUGGGCGAAUCAAACCCACUCAGCAGCAGCCUGAAAGUCUUCCUAAUAAACAUCGAUUCCAACCCAAACUUCACGGCCUGGGAAGCGAUUCUAUCGCUAAGAAAAAUUUGGCCUAAUCGCUCAAACAUCCCCGAGGCAGAAUACAGGAUCCUUAAUCUGGGCGGGAUCGAUGAUAGGAUCGAAUUAGGCAUCGAGGUUCCAGCAUCUUUGAACGGAACAACAUACGAGAAGCUAUUCUGGCGCAUUCCGAUUCCACGAAGCUACGAGAACAAUGGAUUCCAGCGUCAAAGAAAGAGAAAGAGAGAAGAAAACGAAGAAGCCGCCAUCAUGGACGAACAUCAAGACGGAAAUGACGGCUUUAGCAGCUAA